AUGCGUUCAUAAUAUAUUCUAUCACGUACAGAUAAAUAAUGGGAGAAUAUUCUUAAAUAAAUUAUUCAAGAUGAACAGUUUAUAUUAAUAAAUUUUGAUGAAGAAAAAUUAAAGUUUUCUAAAAUAUUAUCAAACUUUUUUAAAGAAGAAGAAAGAAAUGAUUAAAUAGUAGACUUUUUAAGAAAUUCAUAUAUUAAUUAAGAGACCUUUGAAAUUUACUUAUUUAAUUAAAUAAAGUUAUUUCUAACUAAUUAUCAUGAAGUUUUUAAUAAAAUUAUCUUAUUAAAAUAUGAAAAAUAUCAUUUUUCAGUCACUUAUUCAAUAUUUUAAGGUUCAAAACCAACUAUUUUGAUUUAAUUAGUAAAAAGUUAGUAUAAUAAAGAAAUAUAAAGUAUUAUCAUCAACACCUUAAUCAAUCUAAAACUACUAACUAAUUUAAUUAGAAUUAUUAAUGGUAAUUAAAAUUACAGCAAAGAUAAGUUUCAUAUAAUAUCUACAAAACUUAUAUAUUAAUAUUUUUAAGCUAAAUUACAUUCUAAAACAUUUUCUUUCAAACACUGCAAUAUCAAAAAUAUAAUUUAAUAAUUAAAAUAUUAUUUUUAUCCAAAUAGUUUUGUAAGAUUAUUAGAAAAUACUGUUCACAUUAAAACAAUACCAUGUAUUUUAAAGCUUCUUUUAUUAAUCAUUAUUGAAAGUUCAAAUAGUAAUGUAAUUUUCAUAAAAACACUUAAUAUUAGAGGGCAAGAUAAUUGUCUAAAGAUUCAUAGUAAAUUUAAUAUUGAAAGAUUCUAAGUCAGAUAUCUAUAAUUUGAAUAUUUUCUUUAAGCUAUUGUAAAAUGUAUAUCAAGUAAUGAAAAAUGUACUAUAAAUUUAUUAUUUAGAAAUUGAAUUUGAGUUAUAUUAAGAAUCUUUUCUACCUUAUUGUAAGCCAAUGUUUUUAAAAUGUUGA